CUCGUUUGACACAUCGUUCCGAAACGUCAACUCGCUCUGUCCCGUUUUAGUUCUUUUUCCGGUCGGCCAUUGGGAUCGAAAGUGAACACAUUUCACUGAAUCAUGGGCAAGAUUAUGAAAACAGGCAAGGUCGUACUCGUCCUCGGGGGACGGUACGCCGGCCGCAAGGCGAUCAUCCUGAAGACGUUCGAUGAUGGUACCUCCGACAAGCAGUUCGGACAUGCCCUCGUUGCCGGCAUCGAUCGCUACCCACGACGAGUGACACGCCGCAUGAACAAGACCCGCAUCCACAAGCGUUCCAAGAUAAAGCCUUUCAUCAAGAUGCUGAACUACAACCACCUGAUGCCCACUCGCUACAGCGUUCCGGACGUCAGCCUCGACAACAAAUAUUCCGCUAAGGACCUGAAGGACCCGGCCAAGCGCAAGAAGGCUCGCUUCCAGGUCCGUGUCAAGUUCGAAGAACGUCACAAGUCCGGCAAGAACAAGUGGUUCUUCCAGAAGCUGCGAUUCUAAAGCUCCCGCUUGUUUACUUUUAAACGUUAAGUAAGAAUGAGUUUCGAAGGAAGAGUGCUGUGUAAUAAACGAAAGAAGUAAGGAAAAAA